AUUUUUGAAAAGUCCAAUUGCCCCUCCACAGUAAAUACUCCUGUUCUCCCCAGUACACCGCCCCGCUAUUGUGUCAACAAUCUCUUAAAGCUCUUUAUCUUCUCAAUUGUACUUGAAUAUAUUCAAGGUCCAGCUGGCUGUUGCGGACAGGACCUAGAAACUCAUCCACAGUAUAUACCACCGACCGAAUUGAACCGUCAACAUGGUCGGAGUAGGCCCGAAGCGCAAGCCUUCCCGCAAGGGAUCUAUGGCCGAUGUGCCUAAGACCUUGCUGGAGGAAAUCCAAAACCUCGAGGACAUUUUCACCGUGGACGCCGACAGACUUAAGCUGGUCACCGAGCAUUUCGUCUCCGAGCUGAAGGCUGGCCUGGAAAAAGAAGGACAAAACAUUCCAAUGAAUCCUACAUGGUGCAUGGCCUUCCCGGACGGCAAUGAGGAGGGUACUUUUCUCGCCCUGGACAUGGGUGGCACAAACCUGCGAGUCUGCGAGAUUACACUCACAGAAGAGAAGGGAGAAUUCGACAUCAUCCAGAGUAAAUACCGCAUGCCGGAAGAGCUCAAGACUGGGACCGCAGAGGAGUUGUGGGAGUACAUCGCGGACUGUCUGCAACAGUUCAUCGAGUACCACCACGAAGACGCGGACUUGACUGCUCUUCCACUUGGUUUUACAUUCUCAUACCCUGCCACACAAGACUUUAUCGAUCACGGUGUGCUCCAGAGAUGGACGAAGGGAUUCGACAUUUCCGGAGUCGAAGGCAGUGAUGUUGUUCCACAAUUCCAAGCAGCUUUGGAUGCCAGGGGUCUCCCAGUCAAACUCGCUGCUCUCAUAAACGAUACCACCGGUACUCUUAUCGCAUCCGCAUACACGGAUCAGAGUAUGCGGGUAGGAUGUAUCUUCGGCACAGGCUGCAACGCCGCAUACAUGGAGAACUGCGGCUCGAUACCCAAACUCAAGCACCUCAAUCUCCCUCCCGACACGCCCAUGGCCAUCAACUGCGAGUACGGCGCCUUCGACAACGAACACAAAGUCCUGCCCAUUACGAAAUAUGACACCAUCAUCGAUGAAACCUCACCGAGACCAGGCCAGCAAGCCUUCGAGAAAAUGGUCGCAGGUUUAUAUCUCGGCGAGAUCUUUCGAUUGGUCCUCGUGGAUCUACACGAGAACAAGAAUCUACUGUUCGAAGGCCAGGACAUUUCGAAACUGAAGAAGCCGUAUAUCCUAGACGCUUCGUUCCUGGCACAUAUCGAGGAAGAUCCCUUUGAGAACUUGCAAGAGACUCAAGACAAGUUCGAGGACGAGCUGAAACUCAAUGUGACAAAGCCCGAACUCGAACUCUGUCGACGACUCGCCGAGUUGAUCGGCACACGCGCUGCACGUUUAUCAGCAUGUGGUGUCGCUGCCAUCUGUAAGAAGAAGGGCAUCGAGACGUGCCAUGUCGGCGCCGAUGGAUCCGUGUUUACCAAAUACCCACACUUCAAGGCUCGAGGGGCGGUAGCCCUGCGAGAGAUCCUGGACUGGCCGAAGGGCAAGAAAGAUCCUAUCGUCAUGCUGCCGUCCGAAGAUGGAAGUGGUGUGGGCGCGGCUUUGAUCGCCGCUCUGACACUGAAGAGAAUCAAGGAGGGGAACACCGCGGGUGUGCGAGACGUGAGCAAAUAUGACAUAUGGAUGAAAUAGACAUUGUUUGCAGAGUUUGAUAGAUCAGGUCAUCAGGUUGGAUAUAUUUCGCCGGGAAUUGGUGCUAUGUGUACGGUCCAGCUACUCGCUGAUCUCCCAUAGUUUGAUCUUUCCUUGAUCGUUACCAAUGGCGAGAUAACUUCCAUCUGGAGACAAAGCGACAGCACUGAUUCUUCCGAGUGGUGUCUUUUCCGUCGGCCAAUUCCUGUA